AUGGUGCGCAGCUUAAAAAACCCUAAAAAAUCCAAACGCAAAAACAAGGUAUCAAAAAAUGGUGAAGGGUCGUCGGCAGAUGCCAUGCCAUCAGUGCCAGCAAAGGUAUGGCAACCGGGUGUGGACACGUUGGAGGAAGGAGAGGAGCUGCAGUGUGACCCUUCUGCCUACAAUUCUCUCCAUGCCUUUCACAUUGGCUGGCCCUGCUUGAGCUUUGAUGUACUACGCGAUUCACUCGGGUUGGUGCGGACUGAGUUUCCCUAUACUGUGUACUGUGUUGCAGGAACACAAGCAGAGAAAGCUUCGUGGAACUCCAUUGGAAUAUUUAAAGUAUCAAACAUUUCAGGAAAGAGGCGUGACUUAGUGCCAAAAAAGGCAAAUACUGAAGGUUCUGACAUGGAGAGCGAUAGUAGUGACAGCCACGAUGAAGAAGAAGAGGAGGAUGGCGUAUCUGGGACACCUGUUCUGCAACUUCGCAAAGUUUUCCAUGAAGGAUGUGUUAACAGAAUACGUGCAAUGCCACAAAACCCCAAUAUAUGUGCUUCUUGGGCAGACACCGGUCAUGUUCAGGUAUGGGACUUCAGUUCGCAUUUAAAUGCUUUGGCAGAAUCAGAUACUGAAGUUAGCCAUGGAGGAUCAGCUCUGUCAAAUCAACCUCCUCUGGUUAAGUAUGGCGGGCAUAAGGAUGAAGGCUAUGCUAUAGACUGGAGUCCUCUUGUUGCUGGAAGGCUUUUGUCUGGGGACUGCAAGAAUAAUAUUCAUUUAUGGGAGCCAGCAUCUGGUUCAACUUGGAAUAUAGAUAGUAAUCCCUUUGUUGGACAUACUGCUAGUGUUGAAGAUUUACAGUGGAGCCCUACAGAACCUUAUGUGUUUGCCUCGUGCUCUGUGGAUGGAAGUAUUGCAAUAUGGGAUAGCCGUUUGGGGAAGUCUCCUGCUGCUUCUAUGAAGGCACAUAAAGCAGAUGUAAAUGUCAUAACAUGGAACAGGCUUGCAAGUUGUAUGCUGGCAUCUGGUAGUGAUGAUGGGACAUUUUCCAUCCGAGAUCUAAGAUUGCUCAAGGAAGGAGAUGCUGUAGUGGCACAUUUUGAAUACCAUAAGCAUCCCAUUACAUCCAUUGAGUGGAGUCCACACGAAGCCUCCACCUUGGCAGUAUCUUCAGCGGACAAUCAACUAACAAUAUGGGACCUUUCUCUAGAGAGGGAUGAGGAAGAAGAGACUGAAUUUAAAGCCAAAACAAAAGAGCAAGUGAAUGCCCCUACAGAUUUGCCUCCACAACUUCUCUUUGUUCAUCAGGGUCAAAAGGACUUGAAAGAACUCCAUUGGCAUUCACAAAUACCAGGAAUGAUCAUAUCAACAGCCGCAGAUGGUUUUAACGUAUUAAUGCCUUCAAACAUUGAAACUGCACUUCCUGCAAAUGAAGACGAAGCACUGCGACGUUGCCCUUACAGCGGCGUUUUUGAUGUUGAUGAUGGAGGUGACCGAAUCGGUUGUGCAGUGCCACGCUUGGAGCGGUGGUCGCUCAGCCGUGCGCGACGCUGCAGUCCUUUUGUCUUUCUAGGUGGUGUUGUGACAGAGGCGACAGAGGUCGUAGGUUUUGUUGGCGAUGGUGGGUGGGCUUUGUUGUGGUGGGGCAACGACGGUGGUGAGUUUCCUUUUUCGUUGGCGGUGGUGUAA